AUGAUACAGAGCAAGAAAAAGAAGCCUCAGAGUGAUGAGGAGGUGGUCAAAAAAUUGUGUAUGGUCAAUGGCGUGUCCUAUGAAAAAAUUGCACACGAAGGGAUCAACAUUAGCUCCCUGGAGAUCUUUUUCUCCGGUUUCCCCCGCAUGGUUGGUCUUUCGUUCUUCCCCAGGCUCUGCCAUCUUACUAUAGUCGGCCAGAAUAUAAAACAGAUUGAAGGACUUGAGUGUUGUCCUCUGCUCUGUGAACUCUGGGUAGUGGAAUGCCAUCUGACUAAAAUAUCUGGACUGGAAAAUUGUCUUCAACUAGAGAAACUCUACCUGUAUGACAAUAAAAUCACUGAAAUAAACAAUUUGGAAAUGCAGAUCAACCUGCAAGUCCUGUGGCUCAACAACAACUGCAUAACUGAGAUACAGGGCUUGACCAGUCUUCAAAACCCUGAAGAACUAAAUCUUUCUGAAAAUGAAAUCGAAAAGAUUGGGCAAAGCCUUGAUCUUAAUGUCAGUCUUCAGAAUAUUAAUCUAUCUGGAAACAAGAUCAGAUCCUUUAAGGAGCUGACCAUGCUCACCCACUUACCCAAUCUAGAGUCAGCACUGCAGGACCACACAUCAACCCCAAAUCCAGUUUGUCUGCUCUGCAACUAUGCUACACAUAUUCUUUAUCACAUGCCAGGUCUCCAGUACCUCGAUACCUAUGAGGUCUCGGGAACGAAAGUCAAGGAAGUAGCCGAGGCCAUUGUAGUGAAGAAAAUAUACUACAACAUGCGUGUGCGCACUGCUCAGAGAGACCUUGCAGAAAUCAAGUUAAGCUUGACAGAGAAGAAGAAAAUACUGUUACCUGAAGAAUCCAUCAGAACAAUCAACUAUACCCUGAAAAAUCUUGAACGCGACCUCUCCAAUGUGCAAGUUGGCCGUAAGAAGUCCGCCUGCACAAAGGAUGAUGGACCACCUCAUCUGGUGGAGGGUUUGACUGACAGAGAUGACCAAACCACUGGCCUCAAUCUUGAUCCUAAUAUGGAACAAAAAAUACUCAACAAGAUGGAUGCUCUGAGGGAGAGACUGGCGGUGUGGACCAAGAGGACUGAUGAGAUUGAAGCCUUGCAUAAAAAGGAAGUAGCUCAGGUCACAACAGUUAUGGAUUAUACUGUCCAGUUUCUCCUGAUGGGGCUAGAAAGUCUUGGAAAUAUUCGUUUAGAAGAAGGCUGCUCCACAGACUCUUGGUUUACUCUCUGUUGUGACCUUCUUCUUUCCCGCUUCUCUCAUUCGGACUACAAGGCUCAUGGCAUUACUGGUAUUAAGACCAAUAGAGUCAUUCGUAUUCAAAACAGUGCUUUGAGGCUUCGAUUCGAGGAAAAGCUCCAUGCACUGAUCAUGGGGGAUGAAUCUGGAAUCGUUGCACAGAAUUACAGACGACGGCUGGAGUACUUGUUUUUUGUUCCUGACCCUGAAAAGAACUCUGAAAAGGAAGAAAUUUUGGACAGCUUUAAAACAGCAAAACAAUAUGAGGCCUUGGGAAGAGAGGGUGCUAUUCCUUUGUCUAAUAGCCUGAGUGUGAUUGAUCAGCCCAGAGUCGAGUAUUCACUCCUCAAGGCCGGCAAAGGAGGCCACAGGCAAAGUAUAGACAGAUCACCCUUCAGACAAGGUCAAGUUAUUAUUUCCAAAGUGUACGUGGGAAACAGCAUGCCUAUCCAAGAGGGCGAACCUGUGGACAGGAACCGCUAUCCCACUGUCUUUUCUGUGUAUCGCAAUAUAGGCGCUAAACACAGAAAUCCAGUGAAUGAUGAGAGACCUCACUCUGCCAAAGCACACAGUGGACCGGAGUGCAGUCUUCGACAAAGACAGUGGUUUAUGUUUGACAAUGAGCUCGUCUUGCCGGAGUACGUUGUGUUUUUUGAAUACAUUGUGGAGGACCAAGGGAAAACUACACAGUCGGUGUGUAGCGCAGGAAGAGAUGAUACUUCUUCCAACGAUAUUAUCUUGGACAAAGAUGUCCUCAACAUGGAACCUGUGUUGAAACCACAGCCCCAAUUGUUGAACUUGAAUGAUAAAAUCUUGCUUCAGGUUGCUCAGGCCAAUGUUCUAAGUCAGAUAACAAUACUCAACCUCCAUGGAAACAGACUGAACAAGCUAAAGGACAUUUCUCGUCUAAUGGCUCUGAGGCAUCUUACCAUCAGCUUCAAUGACGUCACACCCCUGGAUGACAUUGAUUUCCACAUCACGAGAUAUAUAUAUUAUCUGAAGGGGUUAUCAAACCUCAUCAUUCUGGAUUUGUAUGGGAAUCCAUUGGUUGAGCGACUGGAAAACUAUCGGAUAUAUGUGGUGUUUCAUCUAUCCUCCCUGAAAGCUCUGGAUGGGGUUGCGGUGGAGGGAAAUGAGUGUAAAGAUGCAAAGGACAUGUUUGAGGGAAGAUUAACAGUGGACAUGGUAGCUGAGAAGCUGGGCCACUCUAACCCCACAGAUUUAUCGUAUCUAAACCUGCAGUCCUGCUCAAUCAGGAGGGUUGAUCUGACUCCAGCUGAACUGUUCUGUAACCUACGCAGUGUCAACUUGGACCACAACAACCUCACCUCCUUCUCAGGCCUCAUUUACCUGCCAAAUGUUAAACAUCUGUGCUUGAACUACAAUCAAAUCGAGUCCAUCCUGCCGAAACGGAAAACUCGAGCUCAUCACAGACAGAUACUGCACAAUAAAGUCCGCUCCAGUGGCUAUGGGCAGCAGGGCCAAUCCAAAGGCAACAGGGAUGCUGGGCCCAUUGGCAGUCUGGAACCACUGAUGGGGAGCCUGGAGGUGCUGCAUUUGAGUCACAAUGGCAUCUCCAAUAUGGCCAAUCUGCAGCUCAGCAGGCUAACAAAUCUUAAGGCACUCUUCCUUCAAGGUAACGAAAUCACCCAGGUAGAGGGCCUGGAGGGACUUCAUCAGCUAAGGGAGCUUGUGUUAGACAAGAACUGGAUCAAAACCUUUGCAGAGAACUCUUUCAUAGCUCAGACUGUUCUGUUAGAACUGCGCCUAACUGAGAAUAGGAUCAGGGAGCUCAACCACCUUGAUCCUCCGAUUGAGCUCCGCAAGCUCUUCCUUGGCACGAACAAGCUGCAGGACAUCAAAGAGCUUGAUAAACUAAAGGGACUCCCUUCACUGACUGAGCUUUCUAUUGUUGGCAAUGCUGUGGCUUGCAAUCCUCUCCACAGACCAGCAAUGGUUCUCCGUCUUUCCUGGUUACAGGUUCUAGAUGGAGUGAGGACACCUCAGACCAAGGCUGGUCUCUGUGGUGUAGAUGAUGCAGAAGUAGAAAAGAAGCAAAAUGACAAGAAUUAA